AAAGAAAAUUUGAGUAGCAUACUCCACUUACGCAACUCUUUUCCAACUUACUGAAAUUGCAUUUAUCCUCUGCAUCUCCGUCCCUCCCCUGUCGACAACCCCCAUUCUUCAAUCUGCUCAGAUAAGUAUUUUCUUUGUUAUACAUGGAUUUUUCAUCUUCACACAAUUAAUGACCUCGCGAAACCAUCCCUGUACUGGAAGCUGACAAUCUUUCAUUUCCAUACAGAGUGAGCAGGAAUUUCAUUACACUUCCAUGGCUCCCUUAAUUAGAGGCCAUGAUGACAUGGGUUUUAAUGAGAUUUUUGCUGCAUAAGAUUGGAGCUGUGUGCUUACUCUAACAUUGAAGUUGACUUCUGCUCAGCAUUUUCCGGGUUUGAAACAGAUCCGAAGUGUUGCUUCAUCAGCAAUUGACAGGUUUUCAGAAAAAUGAAAAUUACCAAACAAUACCGGUGCAGUCACUCGGCAUACUGCAUAUGCACAAAAGGGCAUCUAAGUGAAGAAGUGAUAUUCCUAGUCUUUGAACAUAUGAACUGGAACCCGAAGACGAUUGCAGAUCUAUCCUGUGCGUGCAAAUGGUUUGACGAUCUCGCGAAGAGAGUUCUCUGGAAGGAGUUCUGCAAAAAAAGGGCGCCCAAGAUGAUGCUUGACCUACAAUCCUGUGGCAGCCACAGUGUGGACGGUAACUGGAGGGCACUUGGGAAACUCCUCAUUUACUGCUCUGGAUGUACAAAGGGCGGGUUGUUUAACACCAUUCACAUUCCCGGACACUUCGUUCAUAGGACACGGUUCUCAAGGACGUCUGGUAAGAGCUUUCUUUUACCUCAAUGCAGGACAGAUGUUUUGUACGUUUCCGAUCCAUGUGAGCAUCUUGACCAAGGAGAAGAAGGGGACGUUGGGUUUUUCCGGGGGAUAUUUAAGUCAUUCGGGUCAUCAAAGGUGAAGAAGAUGCUGAUAAAGAAGGACGCUCAGCUGCACCCGAGGGAGGUGUGUCCGUACUGUAAGGCGAAGCUGUGGAGUAUGUUGCAGGCUAAUAUGAUACCCUCAAGUGCUAGUUGCAGACUGGGUGCUUAUGAAGAUGCGAUUGAGUAUUAUGUGUGCCUUAACGGUCAUGUGCUUGGGAUUUGUACACUCUUGCCCUUGUCUGAUACAGAGGAAGCGGAAGCUUCUGGAUCUGAGUGAGGCCUAGCAGAAGAAUGAAAUAUAUAUUAUUAUAUCUUUAUGUGUGUGCAGUGCUGCAUUUCUUUUUACAAGGAUGAUGAAAGCUUUCCAGAGUUUUUUGCUCAGAACUAUUCACAAUCGGUGAGCAUUUUGAUUGAGUAUUGGUGGUAUGCUUCAGAACAUUCUUGUGAGCCAUUUGUGCAAUUGUAUCCGCUUUGGUGCGACAUUGUAAUAUCCUUCACACUCCUGUUAUGGAAUCAUUGUAGUUUUCUCAGAUCAGUAUGAGAAAAUUGUGUAUGCCUACAUAAGUCCAUUUUAAGUAAAAGGCGAGAGAAUAGUUUCGCUUUGUGUUGGUCACAUGGCAGGAUUGGCAGCGUAAGUCCUUAUGUUCUUACUUCUUUCCCACUUUUCUUUAUCAUCUAUUCAUAAAAAAAUGUAAAAUUGAUUUGCAUGUGGAUUAAGAAACUAAGAAUGUAAAAUUUGGGAGAUUGUAGGUUAUAGGUUGUGGAAUAACAGAUAACUUUA